AUGCCCCUGGGUCAGAGGAGUGAGCUCUGGAAGGUGGAGGAAGACCCAGGCCCAGCCCAGGGCCUGAUGGAGGCACAGCUGUCCGGGGCUGGGGAGGAGGAGGCCCCAUCUCCUCCCUCCUCCUCCUCCUCCUCCUUCUCCUCCUCCUCCCCCUCCCCUUUCUCCCCCUCCACUUUCUCCACUUCCUCCUCCUCCUCCCCUUCCUCCUCCUGCUCUGUCCUGUUCCUAAUCCCCCUGGGGGAGGGGUCUGCUGCUGAGUCCCUGAGUCCUCCCCAGAGCCCUCAGAGUGCCUGCCCCUCCCCCACUGCCCAGGCAGCCACGGCCUGGAGCCAGCCUGACCAGGGCUCCAGCAACCUAGAUGAGGAGGGUUCGAGCACCUGGGAGGAGCUGGAAGUCACCCAACCCUCUCUCCAGGACAAACUCCACGUGAAAGUGGCUGACCUGGUAGUGUUCCUGCUCCUCAAAUACCGCAAAAAGCAGCCGACCCACCAGGCAGAGAUGCUGGAGAUCGUCAGCAAAGAUUACCGGGACGACUUCCCAGUGAUCUUGGGCCAAGCCUCCGAGUGCAUGAGGCUGGUCUUUGGCGUGGACGUGAAGGAAGUGGACCCCAGCGACCACUCCUACAUCCUGGUCACCGUCCUGGGUCUCACCUGUGAUGGGAUGCUGAGCGGUGAGCAUGGCAUGCCCAAGACCAGCCUCCUGGUGCUGCUACUGGGGGUGAUCCUCCUGGAGGACGACUGUGCCCCUGAGGGGGAGGUGUGGGAAGCGCUGGGGGUCAUGGGGGUGUAUGCCGGCCAGGAGCACAUCAUCUAUGGGGAGCCCAGGGAGCUCCUCACCAAAGUCUGGGUGCAGGAAGGGUACGUGGAGUACCGGCAGGUGCCCGGCAGCGACCCUGCCCGCUACGAGUUCCUGUGGGGUCCCAGGGCCCACGCCGAAACCAGCAAGUUGCAAGUGCUGGAGUAUUUGCUCCGGGUCAAUUACAGGCAGCCCAGUUCCUCCCUGAUCCUGUCUGAAGGAGCUGUGAGCGAUGAGGAAGAGGGGGCCUGA